AUGUACGAGGUCCAACCACGGCAAGUAGAUAUUGCGCUUGUUAUCGCAUGCCACGAUGGAAAUUUUGAAGAAGUCAAACGAUUGGUAGAGGAUGAAGAUGCAGAUAUAUGUUACCAGGAUUUUAAAACUGGAAUGAGCGUAUUAAUGGUUGCGGCAGGAGCUGGACACACAGAUAUUGUAAACUAUUUAUUAUCAGAAGGUGCCCCCUGGAAUGCAGUUGAUCGAAGCUAUUUGUGCGCCGGGGAUUAUGCCGCUAGAAAUAAACAGCAAGAUUGUAUUGAUAUCCUGAUGAAUCAUGCAGUUAUGUCUGAGUUACUUUUGUGUAUUGCAGUAAACAAGUCAGAUGAAGGAGAGUCUUUGAAGAAUGUUGAUUCUAUGGAUCUUACUACUACUGUAAACACACGUGCAAAUAAUUCCUCAGAAGCUCUUAACGCUUCUUACCUUUCUAGUCGACUGGAAUAUUCUGAUGACAGAAAAUGUCUCAUUGACACUAAUACUCAUCUAGCUGUAAUGAUGGAUUGGGAAACUCCAAUAAUGGAGAAACAUGCAGCGUGGAUUUGUCAUGCAGACGAAAUAGAUAGUACUAUCAAUUCACCUAUUCGAGUUUUAAAUGUUGGAUUUGGUUUGGGGAUUGUUGACACGGCUAUACAAAAGUAUUCACCUGACUCACAUUAUAUAAUAGAAGCUCAUCCGGAGGUGUUGGAGAAAAUGAAGUCCGAAGAAUGGUUUGCUAAGCCUGGCGUCAAGAUAAUUCCAAGUAAAUGGCAAGAUGCGGUCGUUUUAUUAGCCAAAGAAAUUGAUGACGGGGCCAUUCCAAGGUUUAGUGGAAUAUUUUUUGACACAUAUGCAGAGGACGAUAAUGAUUUGAGAGAAUUUCAUACGUGGUUACCCAAACUUCUUUCUUUACCUAAUCAAAAAAGUGUGGGAGAUCCAUCUUUCUCAGGAAGGUACUCUUAUUAUAACGGUUUGUGUCCUGACAAUGUAUUUUUUCACGGAGUCGCAUGCGAAACAAUGAGGUUGCAUUUAAAAAGGUUGGGAAUAAGUUGUAUAUUUAACCCAGUUGCUGUCGACGUUGCAGACCAAGAGAUGUGGAAAGAUGUUUCUCAAAGAUAUUGGUAUUUUGAUACAUAUUUCUUGCCAAAGUGUACUUUUGAUCCUGGUGAAAAGGACUAA